UGUUAUUGUGGACACUCUAGGCCCCGCCCACAUUCUCGAGCUGACGCUCUGAUUGGCUGACGCUGGUCCUAGGGCAGCUGUCCCGUCUCCGUCUAGACCUCAACCGGGCAGAACCCGCGCGACUGCGCCACGGACACACCGGAGCACGCAGAAGCCCGAUAAGGAUUGUUACUUGCAGACAGGAGUGUAAGGAAGCUCGUGAGGUUUAUUCGGGAACGGGACUAACGGGACACGGUGUCGUUUCACACUUCCCUCCCCUCUGCUCUGGCACGAGACUGUGAGAAAGUUUUGGCCAGGCGCGUCUGAGCUCCGGUGAGCUCGUGCUGGAAUUCCGCGCUCCCGUGAUUCGCAGGGAUUUUAUCGAUAUCGUCAUCAUGGCUCGGUUCGGGUUCGGGCUCGCGCUGCUGGCGCUCGUUUUGGGGCUCGCGCACGCGUUCGGGGACGAGGAGGAGAUGACCUGCGACCCGAUCCGCAUCUCCAUGUGUCAGGAUUUGGGAUACAAUGUGACCAAGAUGCCGAACCUGGUUGGAAACGUGCUGCAGUCCGACGCCGAGCUCCAACUGACCACAUUCACACCGCUGAUACAGUACGGCUGCUCGAGCCAGCUGAAGUUCUUCUUGUGCUCCGUCUACGUCCCCAUGUGCACUGAGAAGGUUCCCAUCCCGAUCGGCCCGUGCGGCAGCAUGUGCUUGUCCGUAAAGAGGAAGUGUCUUCCAGUCCUGCAGGAGUUUGGCUUUGUGUGGCCGGAGCUCCUGAACUGCAGCCUCUUCCCGCCUACGAACGAUCAGAACCACAUGUGCAUGGAGGGUCCGGGAGACGAAGACCCGCUGUUCCACGCCGUCCGGCCCGUGCCGCCGCAGGAGGAGGAGUGUUUGACGCUGGGUGCCGGCGUUGAGCAGUACGCCUGGGUGAAGCGCAGCGGAAGCUGCUCGCUGCAGUGCGGAUACGACGCGGGAUUGUACCGGCGGCAGGCCAAAGUCUUCACGGACGUGUGGAUGGCGGUGUGGGCGGUCCUCUGCUUCAUCUCCACUACGUUCACCGUGUUGACGUUCUUGGUCGACUCCUCGCGGUUCUCCUACCCGGAGCGGCCCAUUAUUUUCCUCAGCAUGUGCUGCAACAUUUACAGCGUGGCCUUCAUCGUACGGCUGACCGUCGGACGCGAGCGCAUCUCCUGCGACCUGGAAGAGGCGGCCGUGCCCGUUCUGGUGCAAGAGGGGCUGAAGAACACGGGAUGCGCCAUUGUAUUCCUCCUCACGUAUUUCUUCGGCAUGGCCAGCUCAAUCUGGUGGGUGAUCCUGACACUCACUUGGUUCCUGGCGGCUGGGCUGAAGUGGGGUCACGAGGCCAUCGAAAUGCACAGCUCGUACUUCCACAUCGCGGCUUGGGCUAUUCCCGCCAUCAAGACCAUUGUAAUCCUCAUUAUGCGGCUGGUGGACGCAGACGACCUCGCCGGCAUGUGCUACGUGGGCAACCAGAACCUGGAUGCGCUCACCGGGUUCGUGGUGGCGCCGCUUUUCACGUACCUAGUGAUCGGGACGCUGUUCAUCGCCGCCGGGUUGGUGGCGCUGUUUAAGAUCCGCUCCAAUUUGCAAAAGGACGGGACGAAGACGGACAAGCUGGAGCGGCUGAUGGUGAAAAUUGGCGUGUUUUCUGUGCUUUACACGGUGCCGGCCACUUGCGUCAUUGCUUGCUACUUCUAUGAAAUUUCCAAUUGGACUGACUUUCGUCAGUCAGCACGGGAUUCGUACAUGGCAGCAGAGAUGCUGCGGAUCUUUAUGUCUCUCCUGGUGGGAAUCACAUCAGGAAUGUGGGUCUGGUCCGCCAAAACUCUUCACACGUGGCAGCGAUGUUCCCACCGACUCGUGCACACUGGGCGAAACAAUCGCGUCAAACGGACCGCCAACGGCUGGGUCAAGCCGGGAAAAGGCAACGAGACCGUUGUGUGACAUUCACAUUCACGGUUCCUCUCGUCAUGUAGCACUAUCGUUCGUUCACUUUACGCGAUAUGUUCUUAAGAUGAUCUUACACUGGACGGUCCGGGUGCAGCAGUUUUUCCGUGUAAAUAUGCACUACGCCUAAACGUCGAACUCUCACUGAAGUGCCUUUGUGGACGAGCUAUUCGACCCGACCUGGUGCUGGAUUCUGGGAAACUUUGCUCCUCAGUGCCGUUUACCUCGCAACGUGUCGCUGCUGCCUGGUCCGUUUCUCAUGUGACAGAACCUAUUAAUGCUGCACCAAAAAAUUAUGUUCUUCCUCAGUAUUUUUGUCUUGAUUUUCAGUACAAAUAUCUAAAAAUUCUUAAAUCAAGUUACAUUUACUUAAGGAAAAUGACUUAAAGGGAUAGUUCACCCAAAAAUGAAAAUUAUCCCAUGAUUUACUCACCCUUAAGUCAUUCUAGGUGUAUAUGACUAUCUUCUUUGAGACGAACACAAUCAGAGUUUUAUUAAAAAUAUCCUGGCUCUUCCAAGCUUUAUAAUGGGAGUGAAUGGGGGCGUGAUUUUGAAACCCCCAAAAAAUGAGUCCAUCCAUCAUAAAAAUAAUCCAUACGGCUCCAGGGGGUUAAUAAAGGCCUUCUGAAGCAAAGUGAUGUGGUUUUGUAAGAAAAAUAUCAAUAUUUUAGACUUUAACUAUAAUAACUACAC